GCGUCUCCGGAGCAGUAAAUGGAGUUGAGUCUAUUCUGAUUGGCUGAGAGGUAGAAGCUUCAGAUCCAGGAGCCAAUCAAAAUCUCCUGCUGCUGUGCUUUGAAUCCGAGGGAGUUUUAACCGUUGGUCGCCGCCGCUGACCGAACUACUGAACAAACAGAGAAGAAUUUAACCUGGCGCUGUUUUCAUCGAGCUGAAUCAUUCAUCACAUCAACAUGGAUCUGAACAGCAUGAAAUACGCUGAACUGCGAAGCUUCGCGAAGGAGCUCGGACUGAAAGCAAACGGGAAGGCUGAUAAGCUGCUGAGAGCCAUUAAACAACAUUUUGAAGAGAUGGACAAGCUGAAGGCAGAGCAGGAGCAGGAUGGUGGUAAAGUGCAGGAAGCAGAUAAAAAGCAGGUGUCUGAGGACAGCGCUGCAGUUUGUAAAGAGGAGGAUUCUGACAUCAACGUGUUUGUGACAAAACGUCGGGGGAGAGAAAAUGCCUCCAAGAGGAAGCUGACUGAUGCUGCAGCAGCCUGUGAUGCCAACAUGACUUCCAAAGGCAAAGGCAAGGUUAAUGGACAGAGCAGACCCCGCAGUUCACAGGGUAGGAAGAAAAGAAAGUUGUCUCCAGACGAGGGUUCUGAAAGGACUGGACCAGAGCCGCAGCAAAGUGGAAGUGACCAGCAGCCUUCUGACUCUAAAGAUGAAGAACCUGCACGUUGUGAAACAGGUACGGAAACGGGGAUCAAAGUGGUGAAAGGUGGCAGAAUCCCUCGUUACCAGAGGCUCCUGCAGAACAAGACCAGCACUCCCAACUUUAAGAAAAUCCAUGAGGCUCAGUUUGACAAGAUGGAGUCCAUUUCUACUUACGUUCAGAGGAAGUCCAAACAGGCGGAGGCCAACAAGCAUCCGGUCCAACAAGUGAAGAAGAUGAAUCCACCUCGAGCGUCCAUGUUCAGCCCAGAUCCACCGAACAAACAACCGGCUGAAGGAAAGAACCGACAAACUCUUCCAAACAAACCUGCUGGGAAGAAAGACGCUCCCUUCGGGCUGUCUGUCCAUCUCACUCGCAGGAUCAAUGUUCGGUUCUCAGCAGCUACAUGUGACAACGAGUUUAAGGGCUCCUUGGUUAAGACCCCAGCACGCAUGUCGCCCUACCUGGGUUCCUGCACCCCUCAGGGACGGGCUGCAGAACCAGGGAAGGGCCUCAGUGUGAGAACUUCCAACUUCUCUGCCCAGAAACCUUCAGGACCGUUCAUUUUCACCGGGAACACGAGCGCUUCUGCAACUCCUGGAACACAAAAAAAGAUGACCUUUGACCUGAAGUCCAGUCUAUCCCGCCCACUCACCUACAAGCCUCAUAAAGGAAAACUGAAGCCUUUUGGAGAAGUCAAAGAAAACAUGUCAGCAAACAAAUCUCUGGUCUCCAACCCCCGUCAGCAGACGUACAAACAGCACAAAGUCCAGACGAGGGAGGACCGGAGGACCAAACGAACAGAGGAGCGACGGCAGAAGAAGGAGAGUUUGCUUGGAGCGAGGAGGGGCCUCGUCAUGAAGUAGCCCGCUGCAGCUUCUUACUGUAAAUAUUU